AUGUUUCGCCCCACCUUAUACAAUCGUCUGAAACCACUUCAAAUACAUAGGCAUAUAGUCGCCGGUCAUAAAAACUGGGUUAAGAGUCCUGCUCUAAUACAGCUGGAGCAACUUUGUGAGCAGUACUGUCAUGUACCAAGGAUCCCGCCACGCAAGGUGACAGUAAUAGGCGCUGGCAGCGAUGUAGGCCGCAUAGUAUGCAUGCUCCUGAAGCAGCAGAAGGUGAUCCGAACUCUCGCCAUGUACGAUGAACAUCCAGCGCGAUGUGUGAUUGGCGUGGCGACUGACAUUGCUCAUAUUGAUACCAGUCCUGCUGUAGAAGCUUAUCAGGGGCGGACGUUUCUAAAGAAAGCACUAAAUGAUGCCGAUGUUGUGUUGAUUUGCGGUGGUGCCUAUGUUUCCCCUCCAUGUUGCAACAUAUUAGACCGAGACUUAUUCUUUCAAAACAUGCCGUUCGUACGCAGUGCAGCUCUCGCUUCUGCAGAAUUUGCGCCACACGCCAUCGUCGCAGUGCAGACUCCGCCUGUGGAUGCUAACUUUACGCUAGUUAAAUAUACUAUGAAGGCUGCAAGAAGAUACAACAAGCGUAAGGUGCUGGGGAUUAAUUCUGUAAGCUCAAUGCGCGCCAACCAACUGUUUUGUGCUGUCGGUGGUAUGGACCCGACAGCCAAUCAGCUGCCUGUUGUCUGUGGUACCGGACGAUGUACGAGGGUACCAUGUUUCUCUGUGCCGGUUAAAAAACCAAAUAGUUGGUCACACACGGAAGUGAAAAACUUAACGCGGCUGGUUCGGGAGGCAGACGAGCUCAUCUGCAAGGUGAAGAGCAACUAUGAACAGGGUCACCUCUCCAUUGGGUUCGCCACGGCAAGAUUUGUGACCUGUCUUAUGAAAGGUCUCUUUGAAGGGUCAGCGUACAUCGACAGCGCAUUAGUGGAACAAGGUUCUCCAUCACAGUGUUUUAAUAUGAAAUACUGCUCGACACCUGUUAACGUCAGUAAAGGCGGUAUCUCCCAGUACCUGAUACCUAAACUUGAUGGAUAUGAAUCUAGCCUUUUGGAGGAUAGCAAGCUUGACUUGGAAGAUAUGUUGAACUUGGGUCGGUGCUUCGCUUCGGGCGACGAUUACUAUCUACCUCACGAAAAAGUUUGGCCAUGUCUUUAUCCGUCGAAAGAUUGUCCCGUUGUCGAGCCUUGUGGCAAAAAAGCAAAGAAUUGA